CAUCUUUAAUAUAACAUUUACUCCCAUUCAAUCUUCAUUUUCUCACACAGCUGUGCUGUCUAUUGAACUAUUAAUACAAUUAUUUUACAUCACAAAUUCACAUUGCGAAUUCGUCCAGAAAUCACUCGAUUGACUUGUGUAUUCUUAUCCCACCCAACCGGAGCAACCGAAUUACUAAGAAUGCGUUCCUCACUCCCAGCUCUGAUCCUCCUCCUCUCCGUCGUCUAUGCCUCCCCUCUUCAGAAGGCCGCAGCGACCCCCACUGCAGUGAAGUCAGCCGCAGCGGCCGCGAACUCAACCGUUGCCCGUAUUCCGGCAGCGUCUACCUCUACUUCUACAGCAUCUGCCGCAAGUGUUCUCACUGCUUCCGCAUACAACGAUUUUCAAAUAUCUAGCGGCACGGCUGGAACGGCCCAAGAUGAAGCUAAUGCCCUCUUUACGGCCAUCGAUAGGAAUAAUCUCGGUGCUGUGUCUGCAUCUGACCUCAAAAUUAUCCAGGGAAUCCACGAUGCUGCCGAGAAAGCCGAAACCGAUGCUUUUAAUCCGGCCAUUGAGGCCGCAAGUGGUGAUGAUGCUACUGCUCUUCAGGUAAACAUAUCCCAUCCCGUCCUUUCACUAUUCUCUUUUACCCUGUAAUACAUGCAUGUAGCUUAAAACGACUAACUCAAAACCCAGAACGGCAAAAUAAAGAACAAGGUCCUCAAACUCACAGCUGAGGUCCUAGGUAUCCAAGUCAAAGCAGCACAAGGAGGAGAUGAUUCAGAUUUAGAGGCUGAACAAAAAAAAUUGGCCAAUAACGUUAAAUUGGAUAUUGCGGCUGAAGGAGAAACCAGUACCGCGGUCAAUUUUGAUGCUACGAGUUGAAGAAGCGUUGGGUAUUGCGUAUAGGGGUAUGGGGUAGGGUAUGAUGCAGGAGUGAGAAAAGUGGAUUGGGAAUAAUAUCAUUCGUCGUUUCAAGGCGGGGGUGUUCGUGAGGUGGAGCUGGAGAUGCAUGGGCGCUGUUGGAGGAAAUGAAGAAUAUUGACUUGGGCGCCCCAAGUUCGAGAAGGAGAAGGUAUUGAGGUGGAACUCUAGAUUGGAGGUUUAGGUUGAUCAUGGAAGAUGGGAUUGGGUGGGUGAUGAGCGAGCGUUUUUGGUUUAGGGAUGUAACCGAGUGAAGUGGAUAUCAGCUGUACGAUGUAAUGGCACGUACGUACAUGAGGCUCAAAAUUCGAAAGUCGCCCAACCCCACCUCUAUACGGGUCGGGCAUAGGAAAGCAGAAAUGGAUAUUCAUGUAAUCCGAACGCACAUGAUUUGAUCAUUUCGUUCGUAGCCAAGGAAGUGCUCCGACCGACCGAACUGUCUAUCCUAAUU